AUUUGCCUACAAUUUCUAUGUGAACAUAGACUUAUGAGAUUGUGUGUGGAUUGUGUGCAUAUUAAAUCAUCAAUUCAGUGACAACAGCUGGCCCUCGCCUUCCUCCUCCAAAUCUCUUGCAUGAAAAGAAGACAUUCCAUUUGGAACUGUGUUGGGAGAAAGUUGUUUCGGAAGUGCUUGUCGGCAGUUUUUGUGUGUUUUUAUUUUUGAGUGACAUCAUUUGUCAAUCUUUAAAAUUGCAAUAUAAUAAAACAGACGCGUAUUUUCCAACAAUGUCUGAUAACAAUAUGAAAUUUGCUCGCGGUGGUGCUGAAUUAACCAUCGAACUGCUGGAUAAACUAAAUGCUGCCACAAAUAAGGAAAACGUUUUAAUUUCCCCCCUAUCCAUACAAACAUGUAUGGCCUUGGCUUUUACUGGAGCCCAGGGUGAUACGGCCAAUGAAAUAGCCAAAGUUAUGAAAUUUGUUUCCAAUUCGCCUGAAGAGGUAGCCGAUAGCUUCCACCAUGUUUUGACUAACUACGAGGAUAGUAAAUUGGUGAAAAUGGCCAAUAAAGUUUAUGUUCAAGAAGGUCAUGCCAUUAAACCCGAAUACGCUGCCGUAACUAAGCAGAAGUUCCAUGCUGCUGCUGAGUCCAUUAAUUUUGCCGAAAAUGUUGCGGCUGCCAAUAAAAUCAACAAAUGGGUGGAGGAAAAAACUGCUGGUAAAAUCAGUGAUUUAAUUCCCGCCGAUGCCUUGGAUGCCGACACCCGUUUAAUACUCUUAAAUGCAUUGCAUUUUAAGGGUGAGUGGCAAGAGAAAUUCGAUCCAGAGGAUACCAAAGAAGAUGACUUCUGGCUAAAUGAAACUGAAUCGACUAAAGUGCAGUUUAUGCGUAAACAAUCCGAAUUUAGGUUCGGCUAUUUGCCAGACUACGAAUGUGAAGCUUUGGAAAUACCCUACAAGGAUUCGGAUUUGAGUAUGUUUGUUUUAUUGCCCAUGAAAAGGGAUGGCCUCAAAGCAAUGGCUGACAAGUUAAAGGGUGUCAACCUGCUGGAUUUGGAUAAACAACUGAGGACCAUGAAUGAUAUGAUUGUUAAAUUUCCCAAAUUCAAAAUCGAAUAUUCCAUUGAAUUGUCGAAAGUAAUGCAAGAGAUGGGAAUCAAAGCCGCAUUCAGGGAGGCUAAUUUUGCCAAAUUAUUAGAACCCGCCCAGGCAAUUUGCGUUUCCGAAAUAUUCCACAAAACUUUUAUUGAAGUCAAUGAGGAGGGAUGUGAAGCAGCUGCUGCUACAGGAAUGGAGUGCUUUGCGCGAUGCAUGCCGUUUCAAUUCGUAGCCAAUUCUGCGUUCAUGUAUUUUAUUUGGAAUAAGAAAAACAUUCUUUUUGCUGGUGCCUUUGUAAAGCCACCAAAAAUCUCAGCAUAAAAUAGAUUUGACAUUUCAAAUACUACUUCAGGGCAAUAUUAAGAAUCUCAGGAAAGCGUAGAUAUGAAAAUAUU